GACAGUAGACGCUCUAACCGCCGCGACGUCGGAUGGAGCUUCCCGACGCUUUUAAUACUCCAAGCGACGCGUGGUUUCACGAAAAUCGUCGCAGUUUCGAGUCGAUUUGUUUAUGAAACAAACAGACUGUUUGUGGUACGAGAACGAAUGUCUGGUUUGUUUAGAAUUAUUUUGGACUAAUUUUGAGAUAACAAUUUGGGUCCAAUAAAAAUAAGCGUGUCUUCAUCAACAAAAAGACGUUUCCUCGUAGCUUCUAAGGGACCAAAAUCAAGGCCCCUCGCCUCAACCACAGAUCUAGAAUCGAAGAAGACGUCGCUAAUUAGUACCAUCUCUCCGGCGGAGUACGUCGUCAGCGGCUAUGUGCACGCCGAGUGGGAGCAGGGCCGCAGUGGCAAUCUCGACAUGGAGGUGGAGGUGAUAGAGGAGGCAUCUUCAGGGCGCGCCUCAUCACGAUUCCCCACCACACUAUUGGGCAACAACACACCUGGUUAUCCAGUUGGGGAUGCGCCGGAAGUGGUAGUCCGUGUCGAAGAAGUGCUACUAGUGGCCCUCGUCCUUAUCAUCUGGGUAGCAGCUAUCGCUCUUUUCUUCAAUCGUUGGGGCAAAAUAAGAAUGUUGGAACCUUAUCAACCAAAGUUCCAUCAACAGCCACACCGUCCAUCAUGUCCAUUAGCUCCCCUUAGCCCCCCUGGGGUGACGAACCAAGUGAGCCUCACCAAUUCUACUACUUUAUCUACCAGAGCUCAAAAACAACCAACCGCUCGGAUGUCUUUCUCGAAGUACAAUGUAAACGCCUUGACAGACCCUCUAUCGGUCCUUCCAUCGCCAAUCAUCAAACGCCCUCGUCAAAAUUCCGUAUUCGUCGGCAGCUCUACCGUAGCUAUGCUGAAUCCUCCACCUAGACGCGUUAAAUCCGCUAUUGAUAUUCAACAUUUAGUUGUUAACGAACAUAGCCCUACGACGUCCCUUAAAGGUUCUAUAAUACCAGUCUUGAAUAAAGAACGUCGCCCAUCUCUAAUAACUAUAGAACGCCCUUAUUACACUCGUCAUCACCGUCCAUCCAUAACUAUCGAACGCGCCCACGUUCACCAAGCGCGUACUCGUCGUCUAUCCUGCUUUGCCGAACGUCCUUAUAGCCGCCAUAGAAAUUUUAUUAGCUUCGAACACUCGUUCGACAGGAAACCCAUCGAAAAACCAUCGUGUAGCUACCAUCCUACCAUUAGUUUUGAGACUCCGAUGGAGUCCAUGGAAAUACCUACGUUACCAUUGGAAUUACCGCCGUUGCCGGUCCUUUCUAGCACGGGAGCGAUUCCGAAAGCAUCUCGUAGUUUCGAACAGCCUAAGUUUAAAGAUACACAUAAACCUGAACGCAAUUCGCACAGCUUAGAUGUAAGUUCUCUAAACUUCGAAAGAAGAUGCUCGAUACCCGAAGAAGAUAGGGGAUCGUCUAUUUAUAUUAAUCUGGAUGAAACUAAGAUAACUGCUCCCCUUCUAGAGGGACUCAAAAGUUCAGAUGUUUGAUUAUUUUGUGAUAUAGUUGAGCCCUUUCGAAUGAAAAUUUGUAAGUAUCAAUAACGAAAUAUUGUCAGAAAGAGUUUUAUAUUUUGUAUUAAAUGCUUUGAUAUAACGAUAAAUAGUUUAACAAAAAUAUACUGCCCGACAAACAAAAAUGUCAAAUUUUGCAUCAUAGCAUCGUCAAAUUCUAUUAUUUAUUUGUACUGUAUAUCAGACUAUAAAAUUAAAAGUUUUUUCCAACUUAAAAUUGUAUUAAACUUUCUAUAAAUCGUAAAUUUGCCAAUCGCUACAGCUAUAACCAUUUUUUUUUUUGGUUCCAAUGAAAGACGAUUACAAAUUUGAUGGAUAUUUUUAUAUUUAGCUGCACAAUCUUAGUGGAGAGACUGCUAAUUAUGGAGAUAUUACAAAUAAAGACAACAAGCCCUCCGGAUAGCCGACAAUAUGUACUAGAGAGAUAUGGACCAGCCUAUAGAAGAUCGUAGCCAACUACUUCAUAAACAGAAUCCUUAAAUACGACCCGAAGAGUACAAAGUCCCUGGAGGAGUACCUAAAUACUCUACUGAUGAUUACGUGGCAAAACACAUAGAAGAGAUCAACUUCACGUUUGGUACGGUCCUCUAGAUGGAUGGACUCAGUCGACUUGAAACUAGCGGAGCACCAAAUCGGACCAGUAGAAAAAAUGAAGACAAUAGGGCUGCAAGUCAGAGAACAGACAAACACAUCCCAAUCAUUCAUCUGAUACCUGAAAGUGAUGAUUGAUGUCAGACUGAGUUUCAAAAAGUCUCGUGAGAGAAAAAUACUCUGGAAAGAGGAGCAUCUUAUCUCAGCUAAUGCCAAACUUAGGAGGUCCAAAACAGAUAAUAAAAUCGGUGGUUACAUCAGUGCUCACAGACGGAAUUGCCAUUAGGAUCAACGCCUUACCAGUUUGGAGAGAAAGGAUGUAUGGACUAAGAGAAGAUGGACCCACCAACUUGUUCUACAAGUGAACGUCUGGCUCAGCCGCUGCCACGUGGAGGUGACUUACUACUUGAUUCAGAUGCUCUUUGGACAAGAUGUUUCAAGCUUCACAGGUUCAAGUAUGAGGAUUCCUCAUAGUGUCGAACGUGGGAACGAAAAUAAGAAGCAUAUCUGGGAGCUGCAAUAGAAGCAAUAAUAACGCCGGAUUAGAGCACAUCAAAAACGAAACAUACAGGGAAAUAUCAAAUCAAAUCAAAUCAAAUAUAAAACAUACAGAAUAAUACAUAGAAUCAAACCAGCUAAGACGAUUUGAACAUGUGAAAAAGAUGAGUGAGGAUUAUAAGAAGAAUACUAGAAACCAAAAUAGUAAGAGCAAGAAAUAGAAGAAGUUCAAAGAAGACCUGGAUGGACGAAAUCAACAAAGCGAUUAAGAUGAGAUGAAUAAAACUACAUGAGGUACUACUAGAAAUAAAAUAAAGAAAUUGAAAUAAUUUUGGAAGAAGGGCAUCAUGAAAGAAGAAGUUUUGAUAUAGAACAAAUUUUGCUCUAAGGAGUAGAAGAGGAGGAAAAGACAAUAGGAAAGAAGAGAAAGCCAUAUAGUUAGAUCUACUCCCAGCAAAGCAAUGGCUAAUAGUGGUUCAACGACAUAUCAGACAGAGCACUAGGCCUUGAAUAUACGUAACGAUAUUUUUUAACUAUACUUCUAUAGACUAGAGAGAUAGAGAGUCAGAUGUUUGGGCUAUUUUCUGCGCAUAGUAUAGGCACACGUAAAGACAAAAAAACCUCUGAAUUUCUUUCUCUAUAUAUAAUCGGAGCCGGAAGGACAUUCCUACUUACAGAGCGAGCUAUGACUUCUAUUUGUCCUUGAAAUACCUUGGACAACAUUAUUAUACUGCGAUAUUAUCCAAUAUUAUACAAUACUCCAAUGUUGAUGAUUUAGAAAUUUCUUUCUUACAAUAUUUCGAGUACAAUUAUUGUUAAGGGUGUUUAUCGAUUUUAUUUGUUACUUAACACGUACAUUUUGGAAUAAAAUAGAUCAGUUGAUUGAAUAUUCGAAGAGAAAACUUUAUUUUUAAUCUAUUUUUGUAUCUUUCAUGUUAAUAAUAGUUACUAUUCGAUGGUUCAAAUUUAACUGUUCAACAAAAACGAGUUGAGACUUGAAUAUAAAAUAAUUACUUCAACGAAAUGUUUUUUUAUCUGCACAAAAAAAUUUAUAAGCUCAUAAUGUAAAUUGCAUAAAAAAAAAUGUAUUAAAACCCAAUUUUAUUUGAGAAAGAUUAGAGCUUUUGUAUAACCAAACAAAAGUUUGUAAGGAAAUUGAAAUAGGACGCUUCUGAUGAAUAAAAUCCUUGAAACAUGCAGAAACAAACCCUUUCUGUUUCUCCUUGGAUAAAUAUUUCUGAAUGAGAUUCGAAAUAAUUCAUUAAAAACUGUUAAAAGUUCGAAAUUAGAGAAAACAUCGUUCAGUAGCCGAGUUUGGUUGAAUUAUAAUUCAAUCUACCAAGAAACGAAAGAAAGUUAAUGGGAAUCCUUGUCAAAGACGGAACGAGAAAUACUUGACAUGUUGCAGUAAUUAUUGACGAUACUAAAAUUAUAUUGGAUCAAUAAAUCAACACGAAGGUUUAUUGAACUUUUAACCUACAAUUUUCUUAUUGAUAAUUAUUACGCUUAUUUUAUGACAAUUAUCCAUUUUGAUAAUUGAACUAAUAUUUCAAUGUAUGUACUAAAAACCUACUUGCAC